CUCCAAUGUCACCGCGUUUGGAUUACGAUCCAAAUAUAAAUAUUCCCGUCUAUUGUAGUACCGACUAUCAGUCGACUCGAAGAAACUCCCGAGAUGAAGCUCAUCACUGCUCUAACUCUCUUGUGCGGCGCACUCACCGUCAAUGCAUAUCCGCGUAUCGUCGGAGGAGGCGAUGCUCCAGAUGGAAAGUACCCGUAUCAGGUAUCUCUGAGAGCCCCAUCGUCGCACUCGUGCGGUGGCUCGAUCAUAAACAAACGCUGGAUAUUAACGGCAGCGCAUUGUAUCAGUGGUCGCCCGGCUAACUUCUUCAAGGUACACGCCGGUUCGACCAAACUCGACGAUCCACAGGCCCAAGUGUACCAGUCCGAAAAAGUUGUGUAUCACGAAGGCUACGGCCAGGGCUUGGGUGUCAACGAUGUUGGUCUCAUCCGCGUGAGCCGCGACAUUGACUUUAACGAAAAAGUCCAGCCAAUCCAGCUUGCCAGCGAGGAGUUCACCAAAGUCGACUAUCUAGCAACGCUGACUGGCUGGGGACGGUUGACGGCUGGUGGACGGAUUCCCAACAAUUUGCAGGAGAUCAACUUGAAAGUCAUAGAUAACGUCGCAUGCGCCAAGGGUAUGGGUCAUAAGGUCCAGGACUUCCUCAUCUGCACCCUUACCAAAGCCGGCGAGGGUGCGUGCAACGGUGACUCGGGUGGUCCUCUCGUGGCCGAUGGAGUCCAGAUCGGUAUCGUCUCGUACGGUUACCCAUGUGCGCAUGGAAGACCGGACGUCUACACGAGAGUUCACUUCUUCCUCGACUGGAUCCACAAGCGAGUGACUGCGGAGUGAUACGGAUCUUUGGUUGUUGUAAAAAGAUGUUUGCAUUACGGAGGAAAACGAUUUUGGGCUGUGGAAUAGAACUGAUACGUGGAUAAGUUAAUAAACGUGUGCGAAUCAAUAUUACAUUUCUUUUCAACUCUUUUAUCCAUACAUACACGAAUUCAGUCUUUCAUCGAACCGUUAAACAUGAUUAACAGAAUUGAGAGAGAAAUAAAACCACGUCAGACAAAAUAGUAACAUUUUCUUAUCAUACAACACUGUAAUACAAUAAACUGUUUUUUGAAA